AUGGCCAAUGGACGCUCCCAAAUAUUUACCUCCAACGCUGUUCUAAGUGCCAACAGAAACUCUCACCAACAGGAGUGCCAACAGAAACUCUCACCAACAGAAGUGCCAACAGAAACUCUCACCAACAAGUGCCAACAGAAACUCUCACCAACAGGAGUGCCAACAAGCUCUCACCAACAGAAGUGCCAACAGAAACUCUCACCAACAGGAGUGCCAACAGAAACUCUCACCAACAGAAGUGUCAACAGAAACUCUCACCAACAGGGUGUAACAGAAACUCUCACCAACAGGAGUGCCAACAGAAACUCUCACCAACAAGGUGUAACAGAAACUCUCACCAACAAGUGCCAACAGAAACUCUCUCACAAGUGCCAACAGAAACUCUCACCAACAAGUGCCAGCAAACUCUCACCAACAGGAGUGCCAACAGAAACUCUCACCAACAGGAGUGCCAACAGAAACUCUCACCAACAGGAGUGCCAACAGAAACUCUCACCAACAGAAGUGUCAACAGAAGCUCUCACCAACAGAAGUGCCAACAGAAACUCUCACCAACAGGAGUGCCAACAGAAACUCUCACCAACAGAAGUGUCAACAGAAACUCUCACCAACAGGAGUGCCAACAGAAACUCUCACCAACAGAAGUGUCAACAGAAGCUCUCACCAACAGAAGUGCCAACAGAAACUCUCACCAACAGGAGUGCCAACAGAAACUCUCACCAACAGGAGUGCCCAGCAGGAAACUCUCUCACCAACAGGAAGUGCUUAGCAAAACUCUCACCAACAGAGGUGUCAGCAAACUCUACCAACAGAAUUAACCAGCAAACUCUCACCAACAAGUGUAGCAAAACUCUCUCACCAACAGAAUUGAGUGCCAGCAAAGCUCUCUCACCAACAGGGAGUGCCAACAAGCUCUCACCAACAAGUCUUGGCAAACUCACCAACAGAUUGUGCAGCUUAGAAGCUCUCACCAACAGGAGUGUAACCAGAAACUCUCACCAGCAAGGAGUGCCAGCAGAAACUCUCACCAACAGGAGUGCCAACAGAAACCCUCACCAACAGGAGUGUGAAACUCUCACCAACAGGAGUGCCAGCAAGCUCUCACCAACAGGGGAGGUGCCAACAAGGCUCUCACCAACAGGAGUGCCAACAAGCUCUCACCAGCAAGUGCCAACAGAAGCUCUCACCAACAGAAGUGCCAACAAGCUCUCACCAACAGGAGUGUCAGCAAGAAACUCUCACCAACAGGAGUGCCAACAGAAACUCUCACCAACAGAAGUGUCAACAGAAGCUCUCACCAACAGAAGUGCCAACAGAAACUCUCACCAACAGGAGUGCCAACAGAAACUCUCACCAACAAUGGAGUUCCAGUGUUGGGUUGAGGCUGUUGACCUUUUUUACCGAGAACCCGAUAAACGUUGGAGAGGAAAGAGAAGAGAGGGAUAA